AUGAGUCAUUGUCAAAAACAAAACCGAAGUGUGAAGACCAGACCUUCUUCUGAUACCAAGGUAUACUGCAGAGGAAUAAAAUGGCUUGAUAAAAAUCAGAGAAAACUCUGUUAUCACUUUCCUGAAAUGAUUGAAAUUAUUGGAGAGGGGGUGAAACAUGCGCUGAAAGAGUGCAGAAAACAAUUUAGUUCGCACCGUUGGAACUGCUCUCCCCUGGAUUGGGAGCAAGUGUUUAGUGAAGGUGGCAUUCUAAGAAAGCGUAAGUGUGCUUAGACUUUAUCCCCGAGCCGACGGCGCGAAGCGCCGUGCGAGGGUACUAAUUCCCCCCGGCUAUUUACACCCGGGGAAGGGAAGCGGGCGUGGGUCACUGUGUAAUAUCGCGGGCGUGGGUCACUGUGCGUGUUUCGGUGGGUGGUCAUCCUCACUGAUCUCAUAAUAUAGCGGACUGUAAUGAAUAGCCAACACUGAUUGGUCCAAUUUAAAAUUGGCAUUAUUAACGGCUGCAUGACGAUUGACGACAGCGAAAUUGAUUUGAUGAUUUCUUGCAAAUAUAUUUCAUUUUUGCAAGAUUUUGUAAAUUGCAAAGGAUUUUUGAUGAAAUAAAGGCAAGAGGAUUGCUAAAAGAAGGAAGUAAAGGUGCUGGCGUUAACGAAGGUAAGUUUGUUUUAAAUAUUGAUGCAUUGUUUGCUUUUAAUAUACUGUAAUCUCGGCUGUAAUUACUUUAAAAGCCGAUCGUUGCGUAUAUAAAAUAUGAAACAAGACAGCGUAUUAUUUCAGUGUUUCUUUAUUGAUUACACUUUUUAUUAUACUAAGCAAAGUUAUUUACAUGGGAGAAUUUGGAAUCAUUUUAUUUCGAACUCAAAGUUUAUCGAUAAAGGCAGUUUAGUUCUAUAUUAAAAGAACACUUUCAAACGUUUUGCGAAGUGUUUGUGGUUGAAUUUUACCUUAAAUUGAAGCUUAUAUUACGUAUAAUAACAUAGCUACUGUAAUUACUUUAAAAGCCGAUCGUUGUGUAUAAAUAUGAAACAAGACAGCGUAUUAUUUCAGUGUUUCUUUAUUGAUUAAGCAAAGUUAUUUGCAUGGGAGAAUUUGGAAUCAUUUUAUUUCGAACUCAAAGUUUAUCGAUAAAGGCAGUUUAGUUCUACAGUAAAAGAACAUUUUAAAACGUUUUGCGAAGCGUUUGUGGUUGAAUUUUACCUUAAAUUCAAGCUUAUAUUACGUAUAAUAACAUACCUAACAUAUAUAUGUUUAGGAAAUUGAUAAUUUUGUAAUUAAAAGUGAUAUUUAUAGGGGAUUUUUCAUUUGUAAAAAUAUUCUUAAAAAAUUGUCGUGUUACCAUGACAACUACUUAAAAUACUUCACGUUCGGAAAAUAAAAUGGUUUUGUCAGCAAGGCGAGGGUUUCUGCAUGCAUGUAUUUUCUAGUACGACUAUAUACGCAUUAGCGAUACAUGACGGCAGCGCUACCACGGCGGAAAACAAACUCGUUGAACUAAAUGAUUGUACGGGAAGCUUGUCGCCUGUUAUUCAGAGUAUAAAACAUCGUCAAUAGAGUAAGACUGUUAGGAAACUCGCAGACAUAAUAGACUAUCAAUAUCAUUAUUCUUUCGCUUCAGUUUGUCUGUGUUUAUGCAAACAGUAGUUGUUUCAUCGUCGUGUGUGUGUUGUUUAAUUACUCAGUCGUGAUAUUACACGUUAGCGAGGGUCAGAUUUGACUUUCACUACUGUACCUCUCGCUGGCUUAGUGCGCAUCUCAUUGGUUAAUUUAAUCGGAUAUAUCAAACGCAUCUGAUUGGUUAAUUGGCCUCUUAAUGAUAGCGGUAGCGGAAGUGAAAUCUGAACCUCUCUAAUGAUUACAUUAAAACAUAAUAUAGUUAUUAUUUGCUUUAGCGAAAAUAAAAAAACGUACGUGACAAUGAAUUGACCAUUUCAUGAAUAAACCAAGACAAAAACAUAGAUACGGUAAUGAGGUCUAUAAUUAUGUAUUAUGUCUACAUCGAGUUCCUUAACCUUCUUAUUCUAUUGACUCUGAAUAAAAUUAAUUCAUGCAGUUUAAUUUAAGGAUUGAAGUUAAUUAGUCAAGGGUUUGUUGUGGAAAAUGUGGUGUUCUGGGAUUCAAUUUGACAUAACAGUUUCCCAUGCAGCUCGAAAUGUAUAGCCGUUUUAUGUACAAAACGUGAUAAUCUGUGAUUUGCCGUUGUAAAUAGAACGAGGACGACAUUGCUUUCAUGUGAUCUUGAUUUUAGUUAAUCAUUUCUUUUCUACAAUAUUACUAAUGUCAUUAUACUAGUUCCCGUUGUCUAUGUAUUUGCGUCCUUCUUGUUUAAGGUUCCUAAUAUCGAUAAUUCAUAGUUUUGAAGUGUAAAAUUUAAGACUGUUUCUCUUCAUCUCCGCGUACUAGACCAAGCCUUGCUUAAGUUCGCUAUAUUUAUGUUUGAAACUUAUGCCAGUGAGAGUGUUUGCUGUUACCAUGGCUACUACUGGUAGGAAGCCAGCGUUCAGUCCGUGGUUUACUAAAUAAAAUCAUUUUUUGUUAAAAUAUAAUGGUUUGGUCCGCUAUCAUAUUUUUAUGAUAAGUAUAGUUGUUUUGUUCGAAAGAGAGAGGGGUUCGUUUCUGCAUGCUUGUUAGCUUGUACUUUCUGUGAUAAACUGCAUGUAUCAAGGCAUCAUAUCAUAUGAGAUAAUUCGUCAAUAACAUUUGGUAAAAGCUGAAGUAGGUCAAUAAACCUGCAAACACGAUUAAAUUUUUGGUUCUGUGUGUGCCGGCUAGCAUAGGACCGACAAUCACAGAAGUGUAAACCUACAUUUAUUUCCUACCAUUGAUUUGUUCAAUCACGUAACUGCAGAAAGUUUAACCUCGCACUGGAGAUAAGCGUAUAAUUAAGUAUGUACUAUUUAAAACACGAGUUGGAGUGUUUUAUCAGGCUGCCCCACGCGUUUUAUAUCUGAUACAACACGACAACGAGUGUUUUGAAUAUAGCUUGAAAUACUAAUUAGGAUGAACAGUUAUAAUUAUAAUCAUCCUAAUUAGGAUGAACAUUUAUAUAAAGAAUACUAAUGAAGAUGAGUUUUAUCAGAUAUAAAGUCACUUUACGUGACAUAUUAUGGCUGACAUGAUUUGCCACAAGUUUUAUAAUUAUUAAUGAGUAUUUUAAGUUUUUAACUAAAAUAUACUGUAUAAUAGCUAUAUAACACUGAAUUUUACGCAUAGGUUCUCGUGAGACAGCAUUCGUACAAGCUCUAACUGCAGCCAGUGUGAUGAUGGAGAUUGCAAAGGCUUGCGUGACCCAGAAAAUAAAAUACUGUGGCUGUGGUGCUUUGCGUCGACGAAACAGGAACGAACUCUCAAUCCUAGAUGGUUGUGGAGACAACAUAAACUUUGGCGCUUACUUGGCUGCAAAUUUUAUGGAUCCAAAGCGGACAAAGACUCAUCCGAAGAAAACAAAACGCCAUAACCAAAUAGUUGGAAGAAAGGUAACAAAAGCAUUAACAGGCAAUUUUCCCAUGCUACGUAGCCUAAUUAGACUUUCUCACGCCGCCAUUUUUAAGUGGCUUUUCAGCCGAAUUCUGCGAGAUAAGUCUUUUAAGUCAUUCAGAUAUGAUAUGUCAGCGACGUUUUAUAAUUUUUUGGACGAAUGAUGGUAAAUUUGCAAAUGGUUAGUUUAUUUUGAAAAAUUGCUUUUCAUAUUGUUUUAAUUGUCUGCAUUGGUUAUAAUUAACGAGAAUUAGAUGCCACCCAAAAAUGGCGAAUAUUCGCCAUCGUGAGAAAGGCUAAUAUCGAUAAAAACGUCCAAAAUGUAAUAAAAUCAUAAUAUUAGUCUUUGAAAAAAUUGAAGUCAAAGUACUAAAUUCCGGCACGCUCCUUCGUGUCUGAGCGCACAGGCAACAACAAUUGAAAUGGACUGAGUUGACCUCCAAACACUGUUUAAUUUCCGCCAUCUUUGGCUACACUUUUUAUAGUAAAAGUCUCGCACCAGACAUAUAUGGAGAUCACUGUAUAAAUCACUUGAGCGAGACUUAUCGCUGAACUUCAGACUUUCUCUUGAAACAUAUUUUUAAAGUUUUUUUCCCAAUCAUCGAGAAACUUGUCAAAAAUGAAAAAUUUUAACAUAGUCGUAACCAAAUGGUAUACGCGUUAGUUUUGACGACAUGUUAUGUAACAUACAAAAAUAUCUCUCCCUUAAUUUAAACAAACUUGUGACCGCACUAUCUAUAAAUAUUUUUAGACGGUAGCCAUUUAUUGCAAGAUCGAUGUUAUUUUGAUAGUCUUAUGGAAGGCGGUAUAUGAAAUUUUAAAGAAUCUAACAAUGAAACAAUUUCGUAAAGAAAUAACAUAGAUAAACCUUUUUCUAAAUUAUUUGUAACUGUAGGCUUUCUUCGCAAUUUUCGCGAUAUGUUUACCAAGAGUAUCCUAUCCGGUCGGAUGAAGUUCGGCACUCGUGGGACAUGCUCGGAUUUGCAUUUUUAAAAUGUAAAUAAUCAGAAAUUGCUCUGUAAUCAAUAACAGCCUUGAGAUGCAUUUUCGAACUGCUAUCGGAAAUCUACAAAUGGUUACUUAUUCGGCUACUCAUGUUAAGCAUCUAACGAUCACUUCACGGGUGUUUCGAUUCUUCUAUUAAUUUAUCUAUUAUUAAUUAUGCUAUUACCUCACACGCGUCCGCAUUCUAUUACUAAUAGUACUUCAUAAAGAUCUGUUUUUGCUCCUCUAAUUUUACACUUGUUAAUUUUUUGCCCUUCUCUUCUUUUACACUUGUAUUGACAGUAGUGGAGUCCCCUGUGUCCGGAACCGAUUCCUUGCACGUUUUGUGUGGUGUACACAGUUGUGUAUAGUUUGCACGCAUAAAUACGUGAAUGAAUUAACCGAACUAACUACCAUUAAUAAGCGUGGACCAGGGUGCCAGGCUGCGAAAUUUCUGAAUAAAUCUUGAAUCUUGAAAAUCUUGUAAACUAAUGUGAACUAAUCCGAGACCACCCCACGACUCUCGAUAAUUAUGUCCACGAUAAUUAUGUCCCAUACGGCUCUGAAUCGAUUUUGCAUCGAUCUAAAUCGCUAGUGUGAAAGGCGCCAUAUUACAUGAAUUUACCAGAUACAGUCUACAAUUUAAUUUGUUAAUUUUCUCUCCCUUACAGAUCGUCCGUCAGAACACCCAACGUAAAUGCGACUGUCACUCUUACUUGACAGGCUGCAGGCACAAAAUCUGUAGACGCGUUGUACCAUCGCUUGAGAAAGUCGGAGACGAGAUUUGGAAACUCUACCUGCACCCAAUACGUUCACGUUGGAAUAAAACUAACAGACGACUUUAUAAGAAAGUGAGAAUCUCGCGAAAAAUAACUGCAAGUACAAAACAUCUGCAAGGUAAACUCGUUUAUUUUAAGAAAUCUGAAAAUUUCUGUGAGCCAAAUGAUUCCGUCGGUAUUGUGGGUACGGUUGGUCGCGCAUGUAAUCGCACAUCGAAUGGUCAUGAUGAUUGUACUACGAUAUGCUGUGGACGACCUUACAAGACAUCUGUGUCGGUUGAAAUUGUGAAAUGCAAUUGUCGUUUUGAAUGGCCUUGCUGUAAGAUAAAGUGUGAUAGAUGCAAGCAGACACGAGUUGUGGAUACCUGUCGGUAG